AAGCAAGCAGAGCCGGGAGAGCCACCUCCCACACCCUCCAGUGAGGGAGCAGCCCAGCAUUUUUCUGGCUGACUUCUGGCAACCUUGGUUCGGAGACACCCCAGCCAUUACUGUCCGAGCAGAGUAAGAAGGGAAUCCACAGGAGGAGCACAGACUUAAAAGCAGGAUUCUGAUAGGGCGACCAUGAUGUCGCAGGGUGAGCACCAUGAUCUGGUGGGGACACUGACAGGUGGCACCUGGACCAAACCCACGUGUCCAUGCUGCACCUCCCUCAAUGUGGAGCCCCUGGUCCUGAUGCAGUUAGCAGAGAAUGUUGACCCCGUCACCAAGAAGUGGAUCAUCUCCCGCCUAGAGGCCCCCGUCAGAGAUGGGGGAGCACAGCUGCUUGUGCACUCCGGAGAAGACGACAUUGGAAACGUAGUGGUGCUCUCUGCCCCACGCUGUACUCAGCUGCAUGUGACGGAGGGCCUGGGCAUCUGCAAGCCCUACAAGGACGGGAACAUGACUCCCUUUUCCUACCAUGACCGCAACAAUUUCAGCAACGUCGACGACAUGCAGGUGUUCCUCACGCUUGCUGAGCGUCAGUACGUGGUGAAGUACCAGUUGAACUUUGUACGUGCCAAGAAGGACCGUACCAUUCCAGGGGUCCCAGAGUCCCGCGGGGUCCUUUUCGCCAGAGAGAGCCUCUUUCGGAAGCUGGAGAAGCUGGGCAUAGUCAAGGCCGUGAUUGCCCUGCAUGAUCAGCAGAAGCUGGGUGCCCUGGCACAGGCCUGGUAUGCCAAGGGGCAGCUCUUGGGCCAGCCGCUGGACUCCAUCCAGGCCUACUUUGGGAGCUCAGUCGCCUUCUACUUCAGCUUCUUGGACUUCUACACAUGGGCCCUGGUACCACCCGCCUUGCUGGGGGUGGCCCUCAUGCUGCUCCCCAUGUUGCGCAGGAUGGCCGGCGGGAUUAAUACGAGGGAGGGGCCGGAGGAGGGGGAGCCCUCCAUCAGUGGGCUGGCAGUGCAGGCGGUGUUCAACAUGCUCUGGUCCACGAUGGUGAUGGAGCUUUGGAAGAGGCGUACCGCCAGCCUGACCUACCAAUGGGGGACCAUGCAGCUGACGGAGCACUACGCUGAGCCCCGGCCUGGGUACCAUGGGCCCCCCGGGUGCAAUCCUGUCACCGGUCGGCCUGAGGCCUGCUUCCCCGACUGGCAAAGGCAGUUGCGUGUGGCGCUGGUUUCGGUGCCUGUGGUAGGCUUCUUCCUGGUCCUGGUGGCUCUGGGCAUGGCCAGUUUCUACUACUGUGAAGCGCUGGCCAAGAACUUCUAUACGAGCUACGAUUCCUGGCUUAUGACCCCGGUGCUCUACUUGCCCUCAGUGGCUCACAUCGUGUAUGGCAACAUGCUGGGGACCCUGUAUAACAAUGUGGCCCAGGCACUCAGUGAAUGGGAGAACCACAGGGAUGAGUCUUCUUACCAGAACUAUCACACCACCAAAGUCCUAGUGUUCAAUUUCUUCAACAGUUUUGCUGUCUUGUUCCACAUUGCCUUUGUCAAACAGGACCUUCCUUUGCUGAGAAAGCGACUGGCUUCUCUGCUGAUCAUCACCCAGCUGGUUAAUCAGUGCAGUGAGGUUGUCAUCCCUUUCCUGGUGGACCGGUUCUUCAGCAGCUCUGCAAACAAACCAAAGGAGGACGACCCCGAAGAGGACCAGCUACGAGCUCAGGGCCGCUUGCCCGCUUUUCCCGGCCUGUUCCCAGAAUACCUGGAGCUCCUGGUGCAAUAUGGGUAUUUGAGUCUCUUCUCCUGUGUGUAUCCACUCACCGCCCUGCUGCUGCUAAUCAACAACAUCACAGAGAUCCGCACCGAUGCGUUCAAGAUCUGCAGGCUUUUCCGGAAGCCGUUCUCUGCCCCUGCUUCCGACAUAGGGGUGUGGCAGUACGCCUUUGAGAUUCUUGGUUUCGUCUCCGUCGUGUCCAACUGCUGGCUGUUGCUGUUUUCCCCGGGGGUGAACCAGCUGAUGCAGGAAACCGGCUUCAGCAGCCAUGGUGCUCUCAUCUUUGCCAUCAUGUUGGAGCAUGUCCUCAUCUUAGUGAAGAUGAUCGUGGCCUUUGUCAUCCCAGACGAGCCGGAUUGGAUCAGCCUAAAAAAACAGCAGAUUGAGUUUCGUUCUGUGCAAGCCCUCAAACAGCAGAAACGGCGAUGAGAGCAACCAGAGGAGGGAAUGGGGUAGUUAAAAACAGCCGCCCCACUUUUAGCAACGGUACUGAGGUGGAGUAGAACGGCAACUAAGAAGAGAAGAACAGGGUGGUCACCAAACCCAGGAGAAAAACACAACUCUUAUUAUGGGAUAUGAACUCAACUCAUCAUCUCCCUCUGGAGGACAUAUAGUGUUACUGGCUCAGAUGGCAUGUUAUUAAUUAAAAUGGGGGGCAGGAUAGUGUAUUCAGUGGAUAAAAUGUGUCAAAUGAGGCUCCUCAGAGAGAACCUCAGUAUUUAUUCUGAAAAAAGAGUGAAUCUCUUGAAAUUCUUUGGGCACAGACUGUAUAUUUGAAAUGCAUGUAAAUGCUAUAAAAAUGCUUUUAAGAGUAUAUAAACUCUUAUAAACACAUUGCUGACAGGGUUGUAUUGUAUAUGUUGUAGUGCAAAUUUUAUUUUUAUACCUCAACAGUGUGAUGCAUGACUGCAUACCGUAUAUUUUGGUUCUGAGACCAUAUAUUUGUCAAAAACACCCAAUUGGGGUUAUUGAGAACUGCUGUUUGGCCAAAGCCAUCUACAUAAACAAACAAACAAAUAAAUACAUGUUAAUGUCAUAAAUAUGUAACACAUGGUUGCUAAUAAACACAGAGUAGUUACACACAAAAAAAUGUUUACUUUUCACCUUUGUCAUUCUGUGUGAUACAAAUGCAUUUUUCAGACAGGAGCCUAUGUCUGUUUGUAGUAUAUGAAUGCUUAAGCCACUGACAUUUACAGAUAUUGUAUACUGCAAGAUUAAAUAAAACAUGUGGUUGGUUUACUUUUUUA